UGGCAGGGAGGGAGGCAGGGAGCAGCCAAUGUAAGGCUGGACUAGUCUGGAGCAGCAGAGCCAGGGGCGGCGGAGGGCUGCCUGCAGGAGGAGCAGCAGCAGAAGCCCAGGCACCACUGAUGCCCUGAGACGGAGGAGGAGGAGGAGGAGGAGGAGGAGGAGCUGCCUUGCUUGCCUUGCCUGCCUUGCCCAGCCUGAGCCCCAGCCGGGCAAUGGACACAUGUUGAGGGCUGGCCAGAAGGGAAGGCAAGGCGAGGCCAGCCGUGAGCAUCCUCCCCUGGACCCCUGGCUGGAGGCAAGCCGCUCUCCUUCUCCGCAGCUGCGAGGUUAUGCCAUGCCUCAGACUUACUGGGUGCUUGCUAAUGAAAGAGAAAGGUUGAUAUUGGCCCAAACGUUGCAUGACGGCGCAUAGAGUGUAAACCAAGAUGGCAGCUGGAAAUACGGCUCCUUUGGGAGGGAUCUUCACUACUGUGCCACAGGAUGGUGAAAAUGCUGAGACGGCCUUUCCUGGCCCUGAGGAUGAGGAGGAUUUGGACAAGACCUUGGCAGUUGAACGGUUUGGAGACCUGAUCAGCAAGUCUGUGCUAAGGGACCAGGAGAAGCAUGGCCGCAGCUACAGUGAGAGUGAUUUUGAAUUCCAUCGCCAGACAUCCCACCACAUCCAUCACCCCCUCUCCACUCACCUGCCUCCACCCCACAAGUUUCAGAAGAGGCUUCCUCGCUCUGAAAGGAAGAAAAAGAGAAAGAAAAAGCCAAGGAAGACCUCUGUACCUCCCUCCAAUGUCACACCAACCAUCCAGGAGGAAGAGGAAGAAGAAGAGGAAGAAGCAGAAUCUGAAGGGGAGGAGGUUCUAGAGAAAGAGAGCUCUGCAGAGUCUGACCUUGACGCCUCUCCCAAGAGGGAGUUGCAUCAUGGAAAACCAAAAGCAGGGCUGACAGAAGGAAGCGUAGAGUUCACCAUUGGGAGUGAGGAGGAAGCAGAAGAGGAAGAAGAGGAGGAGGAGGAGGCCCAUGGCAGCCCAUGCACUUUGUCAUUUCAUGUUGGAGAAGAAUGCAGUCACCUCUCUCCACUCCCAUGUCUCUCCCAUCUGCUACCAGAGAAGGGACCUCCCAUUCCCAUGAGCUUUUCUGGGAAUAGAGAUAAUAUAUCUCGAGGAUGGGACAAGCGCAAACCUUGGAGUCAGGUGCCAAGUGGACAGCGGUCAAACUAUGACUUGAAGGAGAGGGUGUGUAUCGGCAGCAUGACCACUGUGGAGAGUGCCACAUACCAACGAAUCCCCACAGAUGAGGCUGAGGCUCAGAUGCUGGCUUCUGCUGACCUUGAUGAUAUGAAAAGCCAUCGUUUUGAAGAUAAUCCAGGAGUCAGGAGACAUCUUGUUAAAAAGCCUUCUCGGAGCCAGACUACAAGAGCCAGCAAAAGGUCUUUGUCUUCACAGUCUGUCAAGAAGAAGAAAAAGAAGAAGAAACUUGACAGAAAACCUCAUGAGGUAUUUGUGGAACUGAAUGAAUUAGUGGUGGACAAGAACCAGGACAUGCACUGGAAGGAGACAGCACGCUGGAUCAAAUUUGAAGAAAAUGUGGAGGAGGACACAGCACGCUGGGGGAGGCCUCAUGUAGCCUCACUCUCCUUUCGCAGCCUUCUGGAACUCAGGAAGACUAUUGCACAUGGAGCUGUUCUGCUGGACUUGGAGCAAACUACAUUACCUGGCAUUGCUCACCUCGUGGUAGAGACCAUGAUCAUUACAGACCAGAUCAAGGCUGAAGACAGAGCCAAUGUGCUGAGAGCCCUGCUGCUGAAGCACAGUCACCCCAAUGAUGAGAAGGAGGCAUUCUUCCCCCGGAACCAUUCCAAUUCCAGCAUGAAUUCUAUGGUUGGAAACCACCACCACAACCAUAACCACACAGGUGACACUUGUAUGCCAUUGAUGGGGGAAGAGCGCAUUGAGAUGACAGAGCCCAGAAUCCAUGACCCUGAGUUCAGAGAGAAAAACAUGCAUCUUCACAGCAAUGAGGCACAUCGUGGCAAAUAUGUUAAGCUGAUGGAGAAGAUUCCAGAUGAUGCUGAGGCAACCGUGGUACUUGUUGGUUGUGUUCAGUUCCUUGAACAGCCAACAAUGGCUUUUGUCCGUUUAAAUGAGGCUGUGUUCUUGGAGUCAGUCCUGGAGGUUCCAGUUCCUGUCCGCUUCAUCUUUGUCUUGCUGGGGCCAAGCCAGUCCAACAUGGACUACCAUGAGAUUGGGCGUUCCAUUUCCACACUCAUGUCUGACAAGCGUUUCCAUGAAGCUGCUUACAUGGCAGAUGACCGCCAGGACUUGCUGAAUGCCAUCAAUGAGUUUCUUGAUUGUAGCAUCGUCAUCCCUCCAUCAGAAGUAGAAGGGAAGGAUUUGCUUAAAUCGAUUGCCACCUUCCAGAAAGUGCUCCUGAGGAAGAGAAAAGAGCGGGAACAGAAAAAGGCCACCAAAGAAGGGAACGUUCAGGAAGCCAAAGAGGUGUGUGAGGUAAAAGUUGAAGAGGAAGAGGAGGGUGAAGAGGAGGAUGACCCUCUGAAGCGCACCGGCAUUUUCUUUGGCGGUUUGGUGCGGGACAUAAAGCGCAGGUACCCCAAGUAUCUGAGUGACCUCAGAGAUGCCCUGCACAGCCAGUGCCUCGCAGCCGUGCUAUUCAUCUACUUCGCUGCUCUCUCUCCUGCCAUCACCUUUGGGGGACUGCUAGGUGAAAAGACAGAAGGCCUAAUGGGUGUUUCAGAGCUGAUCAUCUCCACAUCAGUGCUCGGCAUACUCUUUUCUCUGCUGAGUGCUCAGCCUCUCCUUGUCAUUGGCUUCUCAGGGCCCCUACUGGUCUUUGAAGAAGCUUUUUACAAGUUCUGCCAGAGCCAGGACAUUGAGUAUCUGACCGGUCGUGUGUGGAUUGGCUUCUGGCUCAUCGUCUUCAUUGUCAUCAUUGUGGCCGCUGAGGGCAGUUUUCUGGUACGCUACAUCUCACCGUUCACCCAGGAGAUCUUUGCCUUUCUCAUCUCCCUCAUCUUCAUUUAUGAAACAUUCUACAAGCUUUACAAGGUAUUCACAGAGCACCCACUGCUGAGGUUCUACCCGCCAUAUCUUCAAAGUCGUCUGAAUGCCAGCACACUGUCUGCUGAUUCUAUGGCCCUUGACACCCAGAUGCAGCCCAACACUGCUUUGCUGUCCCUCAUCCUCAUGCUGGGGACCUUCUUCAUUGCCUUCUUCAUGCGCAAGUUUAAGAAUAGCCGAUUUCUAGCAGGAAAGGCACGGCGAAUAAUUGGAGAUUUUGGAAUCCCUAUCUCCAUCCUUGUCAUGGUUCUGGUAGACUACACCAUCACUGAUACGUAUACACAGAAAUUGAAUGUUCCCUCAGUGCUGUCGGUCACAACUCCAGACAAGCGUGGCUGGUUCAUCCAUCCUUUAGGUAGCAAGCAGGCUUUCCCCAUGUGGAUGAUGUUUGCUUCUGCCAUCCCUGCACUGCUGGUCUUCAUCCUUAUCUUUAUGGAAACCCAAAUCACCACUCUGAUUGUCAGCAAGAAGGAACGGAAGCUGACAAAGGGUUCAGGUUUCCACCUCGAUUUGCUGCUUAUUGGUACAAUGGGAGGGCUCUGUGCCCUGUUUGGGCUGCCUUGGCUCACAGCUGCCACUGUCCGCUCCAUCACCCAUGUCAACGCUCUUACUGUUAUGAGCAAGGCCAUUGCACCUGGUGAGAAGCCAAAGAUUGAGGAAGUGAAGGAGCAGCGCGUGACAGGAGUGCUCAUCGCUGGCCUUGUUGGCCUGUCCAUUGUCAUGGGGAAUGUAUUGCGCCAGAUCCCACUGGCUGUGUUGUUUGGGAUUUUCCUAUAUAUGGGGGUGACAUCAUUGACUGGCAUCCAACUCUAUGAGCGGCUCCUCCUUAUCUUCAUGCCAUCCAAGCACCAUCCAGAUCAUGUCUACGUUGUCAAGGUCAAGACAUGGCGAAUGAACCUCUUCACAUGCAUUCAGCUAGCCUGCAUCGUGCUGCUGUGGGUGGUGAAAUCCACAGCAGCAUCACUGGCAUUCCCAUUUGUCCUGAUCAUGACUGUUCCCCUACGACGAUUCCUACUGCCACGCUUUUUCCAUGAAAGAGAACUUAAAGCGCUGGACUCAGAAGAUGCAGCACCAAACUUUGAUGAAGAUGGGCGGGAUGAGUACAAUGAACUUCACAUGCCUGUAUGAGCAAUGUAGCCUUAUCUACUGGCCUUCGUUCACCCCUGGAUUCAUGGGACAGGCCACUGUUCUCCAUGCUCUCCUUGAAUGACAACAAAUCAGAAGUGGCUUUGAACUGAUCAUGAGUCUGGACCAACUGACAACUGUGUCACAGCCCUUCAGGAAGCUCCAUGCCACAAAGAGUACUGGUACCAGUCAGAGCAAAAGAUGCUGCCUUACUAUGAAUAGACAUAUAAGAUGUGUUCAGGCACUAUGAUCCACAUUCCUCUCCAAACAGACCUUGCUGGUGUUGAUGCUCUGAUUUCAAUAGGCCAAAGUAGGUACCUUAUCCAGCUGUCAUUAACCUUCUUUUUUCAGAAGACAGCAGGCUGGUGCUUUGCUAAGGGGCAAACAGCAUCAUGCCAGCAAAUAUAAACCAAGUAGGCCCUGUCAGAAAUGCCAGACUCAAUGGUGUUCAUGCAGAGCUAGCAGAUUCCUGGGGUAAAACUAGUGUCUCCAUGUUGACCCAUAGCCUUUUCAUCCCAUGACUGUGACCAUAAACCUUCAACAGCCUGUGGUCCAUCUGUUGUUCUGCAUGAUGCUCUUAGCUGGGUUAUCUUGCUCUUAGCUGGGUUAUCUGAUCUUUUCAAUUUCUGGAAUGGCUGUCAGGAGUGCUGAAAACUACAAGCUAUAGUGUGUGUAUGAACAGGCCUUCUGGACCAGAUAAGCAUGGCAUGGGUAUUUGUGCAAUAUUAAUGUGUACAAGUAUCUCCUCAUGCAUAAUGCUAUGCCUCUUCUCCUUAUCUCUCAAGGCAGCCAUAAAGGUUGCCAGAGAGUAGACAUGGGUGUAUGAAGGAGAUCUUCACUCACAUAGGAAGAGGGAAAGUGUAGGCAAAACUUGCCAAAAUAACCUGGAUACCAGGAACAAGGUAACCCAGUGACUGAAUGGGGACUGCAUUACUUUGCUCUUAUGGUCAGGAAAUAAUCACAAAGAUUUGACACCACUCUCAUUGUAUUUUCUCCUCUAGCCUUUGACAAAGAGUGUUAAGAAAUUCAGUUAUAGAAACAGAGACCAUAGGAAUGAAGCCUGGGACCUAGUCUGGACUAGAAUAUAAGAUUCAGAUUUUUCUUCAGGCACAGCAGGAAACAGGAAUUCCCUAUAUCAUUAAUAGUGAGCAAGGAGCCCCAAUAGUGGCCAAGGCAGGUAUAAACAAUACCAUGUUAAUCUUUAUUAUUUGGAGCCUGGUCCAAAAAAACAGAAAUUCUUGUAUUGCCUACUUUGGACUCCAGGUUCUUCAGUAUUUCCAGUUCCACCUUGUUGCUUGGUCUAGCCUCCUUUCCAAAGUUCCUGCUCUGUUAUUCAACCUUAGCAUGGUCAUUGCAAUCCUUAUUUUAUUCUUUACCUUAUAGGGGCUCCACUUGGGGCAAGACCUCCCACUAUGGCCAAGUCUCCAGAAAGGCCAACCAUGGCCCAGCCUUAAUGAUUGGAAUGAGAUAUUUGUAAGGAGAGCUGCUCUUGUGGCUCUGAACCAUUGCACAAUAUGAAGCUUUUCUUCAUUUGUCCUUUGACAGUCAAAGUCAAUGACAUCAUGUUCCUGGACUUUGUCUGCUUUUAAAAUCCACUCUUUCUUCCUCAACAGCUCUACUCUGAUGUACUCUGCUUUACCCUUCUUUUCAUUCAACUGCUAUAUAAAGAAAAUUCAGAUUACAAGAUAGGUCUAUAAGUAGCACAACAUAUGUAUUUUCUUUAGUCACUAAAUCUGAAUUUUUAGAAACAGAAUACCCUGCCCCCUUGCUUCUCACUGGUGAGUGGCAUGCAUUCAGUUAUGGAUAGGGCACACCUGGUGUGCUUCAUAAGGCUAAGCACUUGCACAAAUACCAUGCAGCUGGAGUUCAGUGCAAGAGUCCAAAGAGGAGCUGUUUUCCCACUGGAUCAUCACAUGGGGACUCUAGUCAGCAGUGAAGUCCUGUUCUGUAAAUGUGUUCUAUUAGAUUAUGAAUGUGGAAUAAUGGGGUGUGCAAAAGUGCCAGACAUGACUCCCUUCACAGCCAGGCAUUGAGUCUGGCUCAUGGCACUACUCUGGUGCCCACUCCCUGUCAUGAAAUGGAGGCUGUCCCUCCCCACCUACCUCAGGGGCUGCCUGCAGAUGGCUGGAUAGUUAUGAGGCCACAUGUAUUCCUCUACUCAUUCCCAGCUGGCUGCCAGCCUGCCCCACCCACAGACAGUGACCUCCAUUGUGCCCUGUGUAGCCAGGAUAAGAAACCUGAACUCUUAGUGCAGAGUACUCUGCCUGUGUAUUGAAACUCAUCUGAAUGUAAUAGGAAUGGAUAUGGUUGCACCAAUA